GUAUCUGGCCAAGCUGUGGUGAGCAAAGAAAAAAACAUGUCUACUCGCUACCACCAAGCUGCUAGUGAUAGCUACCUGGAACUUCUGAAAGAGGCUACCAAGCGAGAUCUAAAUCUUUCUGAUGAAGAUGGUAUGACCCCCACCCUCCUGGCAGCCUACCAUGGGAACUUGGAAGCCCUAGAAAUAAUCUGCAGUAGAGGAGGGGACCCUGACAAAUGUGACAUCUGGGGAAAUACUCCUCUACAUUACGCAGCCUCUAAUGGUUAUGCCCACUGCGUCUCAUUCUUGGUCAGCUUUGGUGCCAACAUCUUUGCCUUGGAUAAUGACUUACGGUCUCCGCUGGAUGCUGCUGCCAGCAGGGAGCAGAAUGAAUGUGUUGCUCUCUUGGAUAAGGCUGCCACAACCCAGAACAUUAUGAACCCCAAGAAGGUCACCAGGCUGAAGGAGCAGGCUCAAAAGAAUGCCAGGAGACAGAUCAAAGAGUGUGAGAAGCUCCAGGAGAAGCACCAAAAUAAAAUGGCCCGCACCUAUAACAGGGAGGAAUCUGGGACUCUUUCUUCUUCCAAGGGCACUUUCUCCAGUUCAUCUUUUUCAAGUGCUUCUGCUUCCAGUACCUUUGGGUCACUAAAGGGCAUUAAGGACACUUUCAAGAUGAAAUUCAAGAAGAGUAAGGAUACAGCAGAGAAGAUGGAGAAGGAAGGCAGAAAUGGUCAGAGGAAUGUGAUGGAAAUGUUCAUGGAGGAGGAAGAAGACUCAUUCUCAGGGAAAUUCAAAGAGAAGCUCCAGUUCUCAGCAGAGGAGGACAGCGGUGUGCAACAUGAGUCCAUUCUCAAACGUCCAGGCUUAGGAAACAUUGUUUUUCAAAGGAACAGAGCAAUAAGUCCUGAAGACAUUUCAGACAGUAAGACAGAGUUGGGAUUUAAAAUGCCCAGUGAAUUGUUUCAAAGACAAGGAGCUGACAAAGCUGAGGCUAAUGAAGAGGGAGAGGAAAAUGGCUUUGAAGAUGAUCUGCCUUGGGAUGAAGGAGAAGUAGCGUGGGAGGAAGAUGUGGUUGAUGCUACUCCCCUGGAGGUGUUCUUGCAGUCCCAGCACCUGGAAGAAUUCCUUCCCAUUUUCAUGAGAGAGCAGAUUGACCUAGAAGCUCUGUUGCUCUGCUCUGAUGAGGACCUUCAAAGCAUACAAAUGCAGCUGGGUCCUAGGAAGAAAAUUCUUAAUGCCAUCAACAGAAGGAAACAGGUGCUACAACAACCUGGGCAUUUGGUUGACACCAGCCUCUAACGGACAGUGUUGGAUCUUCAGGGUAAGGCUGCAACCCUGUGGCCCACUGUCAGCAUUCCAGGAAACACUCCCUCUCCAUCCAAAGCCAGGCCUUUGGGAAUGGUUUCUAGGAUUUGGGAAACACCUACCUAAGGAAGAAGCCCAAACACUACUCUGGGAAAUAGUCUAUGCUCAUUUAAAUAAACCAUCAGUGAGAAACUUGAGGAAACUUUAGAACAAGAAAGUGGCAUUUCUCCACAAUAUUUUUUUGAUGUUUUUUGAAUAAAGAAAGGUUCAGAUGGAUGACAGAAAAGAGAAAUAAACUUUAUUUAAUUUUAUAGCUCUGGACUUGAAUUUAUAAUCUCUCAUCGUAUUAGUUUGCUGCUUACUUUCGAACCCUAAUUCUGACCUAAGCUCUACAGCUUUGCCUGUUGAUGGAGACUAAAGUUCCUCAUUGGCCUGAAGCUUGAAGUCUAUUUAAACACAGCUAAUCCUUUAAUAGAUGUCUAUAUGUUUAAAAGUAAUAGAAAUGAAUCUAUAACACUCUUGCCUGAGAAUAGAGGAGUUAAGGAGAGUGAAGAAAGAAAUAGAAUAUAGGAUACCUGUUAUGGACUGAAUUUUGCUCCCUGCCUCCAAUUUCAUAUGUUGAAGCCCUAACUCCUAAUGUGAUUGUGUUUGGAGAUAGGACCUUUUAAAGAGAUGAUUUAUGGUUAAAUGAAGUCAUAAGGAUGGAGACCUAAUCACCUAGAAUGGUAUCCUUAUAAGAAGAGGAAGAAACCAAGGAUGAAUCUCACAGAGGAAAGACCAUGUAAGGACUCAGUGAGAAGGUGCCAUUUGUAAGCCAAGGAGAGAGCCCCCAGGAAAAACCAAAAUCUGCUAACACCCUGAUCUUGGACUUUCAGAUGCCAGAGCCAUGAAAAAAUAAAUAUUUGUUGUUUAAGCUACCCAGUCUGUAGCACUUUGUAACGGCAGUUCUAGCAGAAUAAUGUGUGUGGAACAGCCAAGCAAGAGGGUGUAGGAGGAGAAAAAGAAGGAUGCAGGAAAAAAAAGAAAUCCGCCUAUUGAAUUUACUGAAACUCAAAAAAGGGGGAAAAAUAUCCAGAUUCUUUUC